AAACAGUCAUCAGAGUUGUAUGUUGUGUGUGCAGAUCCAGGCUUUGAUGCUGAAUAUAACCUGCAGUGUUUCUCUAUCAAUCUCUUUAAGUUUAGUGUGACUUUAUCUCCACGCUGACAUAUGACUGACACGAGUCUGUCCUCAGUGAAGUGUCUCUUCACGCUGGAGGAGAGUCCCGCUCAUCAGCGCUCACACUUUAUUGAUAUAUAUGGAGAAAAUAAAAAUGCUGCUUUCUGAUUUGUCACUGAUUGUGUUUGAUGAUUUCCUCUGUUGUGUCUAAUAAGGUAACAGUGAGUGUCAUUGGCAGCUGUGAGAGUCUCUCUCUCUUUAGGGGACUGACAGGAGCCAGUUUCUUCAGUGUGUUUGAGGGAGCAGAAGGAGAAACAGAGUCAAACAAACAGUGUGACGAGCAGAAAAAGAUGGAGGGAUGUCUGACACUCAUUUUAUUCUCCUCUAUAGUCAGUCUAACAACAUCUGAUUUUGAGACUGUGAGGUUAGUUGAUGGUAACAGUUCCUGUGCUGGUCGAGUGGAGGUUCAUCAUGAAGGUCAGUGGGGAACAGUGUGUGGUUAUAACUGGGAUAUGAAUGAAGCUGAAGUGGUGUGUAGAGAGAUAGGAUGUGGAGAGGCUCUAGAGGCUCUGGGUGAUGCUCACUUUGGAUCAGGAUCAGGAACAAUCUGGAUGGAUGAUGUGGCCUGUAGUGGAUCAGAGUCUACACUGAAGAACUGUGGAUCAAGAGGAUGGGGUGAACAUUACUGUGGCCAUGAUGAAGAUGCUGGAGUCAGAUGCUCAGCAACUGUAAAUUAUGGACGGUUUACAAGACUUGCUGAUGGACCUCACCUGUGCGCUGGGAGAUUAGAGGUUCUUCAGGGGAACACAUGGUACACAGUGUGUGCUGCUGCCUUUGACCAGCAGGAUGCAGAGGUUGUGUGUCGAGAGCUGGACUGUGGGGCUCCUGUACAGGUGCUGGGAGAAGAUGCUUUUGGAAAAGGAGGCGCUCAGAUGUGGACACAAGAGAUUCAGUGCAGAGGAAAUGAGUCACACAUUCAACGCUGUACAUCAUCAACCUCACCUAAUAUGAACUGCACCCAUGACAAUCUCAUGGGACUGAUAUGUUCUGGUUACACUGAUCUCAGACUGGUCAAUGGUCCUGACAUCUGUUCUGGUCGAGUUGAGCGUCAGUACUUCAGUAAAUGGGGCACAGUGUGUGAUGCAUGCUGGGAUAUGAGAGCUGCCAGUGUCCUCUGUAGACAGCUGAAUUGUGGGAUUGCUGUGUCUGUUGUGGGAUCAGACUGGUUUGGAGAGGGAAGUGGUGAAAUCUGGGCUGAUGUGUUUGAUUGUGACGGGAAUGAAACAAAACUCUCAGAAUGUUCCAUCUCUUCAUGGAGUCGAGCUGAAUGUUCUCAUAGACGAGAUGUUGGAGUCAUCUGCUCUAAUUCCUCUCUGGCUGUUCAUGAUGGUCUGGUGCGGUUGUCUGGAGAGAGACAGUGUGAGGGGGAGGUGGAAGUUUCCAUCCAUCAGGUCUGGAGGAGAGUUCUGCUGGACUCCUGGAGUCUCACUGAAUCCUCUGUGGUCUGCAGACAGCUGGGCUGUGGCUCUGUGCUGAACUUCUCCGGCUCCUCUUCAUCCAGUCCUGAACACAGUCAUGAGUGUGUGACGGGCUUCCAGUGCUCUGGGAGUGAAGCUCAUCUGGGGAACUGCAGCUCUCCACAAACUCUCAACUGCAGCUCCACACAACAGCUGUCAAUCACCUGCUUUGGUCGCGGGUCCAUCAGGCUGGUGGGUUCUGGGGGAGACUGUGCAGGGAGGCUGGAGGUUUUUCACAGCGGCUCAUGGGGGACAGUGUGUGAUGACUCCUGGGAUAUUAAAGAUGCCCAUGUGGUGUGCAGACAGCUGCAGUGUGGAGCGGCCCUCAGUAACCAGCAGGUACCAGCCUGGUUUGGUCCUGGUUCUGGACCCAUAUGGCUGGAUGAGGUGGAGUGUGAGGGGAAUGAGACGUCCCUGUGGAGCUGCUCUUCUCCAGGCUGGGGAAAACAUGACUGUCAACACAAGGAGGAUGUAGGAGUCGUGUGCUCCGAGUUUAAAGAGAUCAGGUUAACUGAGGGCUGUGAAGGGAAUGUGGAGGUUUUCUACAAUGGAUCCUGGGGAAAUGUGUGUUACAAUAAGAUGGACAGAGACACAGCGAGUCUGAUCUGUCAAGAGCUGAACUGUGGAAGAUCUGCCAGUGAACCCAGUUAUUCAGAGAGACUGAAGUCUCAUAAUUGGCUUGAUAAUUUUAAAUGUCGACGUCAUGAUUUCACUAUAUGGCAGUGUCCAUCUUCACCCUGGGGAUUGAAUGACUGUAAGGAAGAUGAAGUGGCCAAAAUCACCUGCUCAAAGGAACAGACUCGUGAAUCUCCUCAGAGUCUUCUGACAUGUUCAAACUCAUCAUCUCCUCACCAGAGACAGUGUUCAGAUCAUGUUCCUCUCAGACUGAGUGGAGGGGAGGGCCGGUGCUCUGGGAGGCUGGAGGUGUAUCAUAACGCUGUGUGGGGCUCAGUCUGUGAUGAUCUGUGGGACAUCAGUGAUGCUCAGGUGGUCUGCAGACAGCUGGGUUGUGGAGCAGCACUGAGGGCUGAUGGGAAUUCAACCUUUGGUGCUGGUGAAGGUGUUGUGUGGCUGAACAGAGUCGAGUGCAGAGGGAAUGAGAUUCACCUGUGGGACUGUCCUCUCUCCCUGAAGAACCACACUGACUGCUCCAAAAAAUAUCACGCUGGACUCACCUGUGCAGAUUUGUCAGUGUCCACUACUCCUGCCACAACAACAUCAUCUUCUCCUCCAGUUUCUCAGACAGUGAGCUCAACAUCAGUCUCUCGUUCACAAACUCCUCCGUCUCUCUCUGUGCUUGUGAUUGUACUGGGAGUUGUGCUCUUACUGCUCUUAGUGCCACUGCUUAUACUGAUUCAGCAGAACAGAGUGAUGAGGAGAGCUCUCUCUAAGAGGAGACACAGGAGCACGACUGAGGCCGUUUAUGAGGAGAUUCAUCACAGACACAAUCACUUCACUCAGAGGGGGAGUCUCAUCUCUGAAGAACUGCAUUCUGGGUAUGAAGAUGCUGAUGAGCUUCUCUCAGAAAAAGAGUUCAAGACUGAAUAUUAUGAUGAUGUCACCAAUGGCAGUGGCCUGAAAGAAGAGAUGAAGAAGGAAAUCACACCAGGAUACUAUGAUGAUGUCAUCACUGAUGGACUGAAACCAGAUCGUGAGACAGAAGACGCACCUGAGAGUUAUGAUGAUGUCAUGACGAGUGGACAGAAAUUUAAUGUUAAAAAAGUGGACACACCGGAGCAUUAUGAUGAUGUCAUCAUUAAUGGACAGAACAUUCCAGGUGUAACAGAGGAAGAUCAGGAGGAGUAUGAUGAUGUGAAGAACAGUGAUGAAGAUGAGAGAAACCUGUUGGACUAUGAUGAUGUGGGGGAGGAGUCUAAUAAAGAGGGAGGGGCCAUAUGACUCACUGACCACACCCACUGUCUCUGAUCAUCAAAUCAUAUUACAGUUACUGGAGAUAAUGUUUUUUUGCUACUAAAGAUUCAGUGUUUUAUGUUUUUAUGUUAUUUUAAAUGUUUUUAAAUGAAAGGUUUCAUGCUGUGCAAAAUUCAGUAACAAAUUUUAGUAUUUGUAUUUUAGUAUUUGGGCUAUUUUUUUUUUAUUUUGAUAACAUGCUUUUCACCUAAUAAAAAAAUAACAUUCAUUCAUGAUGUCACAAAAAUAUUUUUUAGAAGAGCGAUUAGAGGAAAGGAGAAAAUUAUGCGAAAUACUAUAAAUGUUAAAUGAUGAAAAUAGAUUUACCACUUAAUAGAUAUUAUAAGUUAUCGUGUUUUCCAUAAACUUACUACCAGCAUUAGUUCUUGUGUAUGUCAGCUUGAAUUAACUUAAAUAGA